UACGCCCUCUUGUUCGUUUGAAAUAAACAUCUCGAUGAAGGUGUAAUAUGUUGAAGAGCUGGCAAAAAUCAACAUUUUACCUAGGUUAUUAAAUACCGAUACUGCAUUAAAUAAUAACGAUCAAAAUGGUACUGAUAUCAGCUGCGGUGACCACAAAAAAUGGAAAAACAAUCAUAUCGAGACAGUUUGUCGAGAUGACCAAAGCCAGGAUAGAGGGUCUGCUAGCGGCAUUCCCGAAGCUCAUGAGCACUGGAAAGCAACACACGUUUGUUGAAACUGAUUCUGUCAGAUAUGUCUACCAGCCUUUGGAAAAACUGUACAUGUUGUUGAUAACAACCAAAGCCAGUAAUAUUUUGGAAGACUUGGAGACCUUAAGAUUAUUUGCACGAGUGAUUCCGGAGUAUUGUAAAUCAAUGGAAGAAUCAGAAAUAGCAGACAAUGCAUUUAAUUUGAUAUUUGCGUUUGAUGAAAUAGUAGCACUUGGGUAUCGCGAAAGUGUUAAUCUCGCACAAAUAAGAACUUUUGUCGAGAUGGACUCACAUGAGGAACGUGUAUUCCAAGCUGUCAGAUUUACGCAGGAGCGUGAAGCUAAAAAUAAAAUGAGGGAAAAAGCUAAAGAGUUUCAGAGACAGAGACUGGAGGCUAGCAAAAAAGGUGGAACUAAAAGUCCUGGGAUUGGAAGUGGGUUUGGUAAUAACAGCAGUAGCUUUACACCUACUUCUGUUGUUGGUGAUUCUGCAACUUAUGUGCCUGAACCAGUUAAACAGAGUUAUAUAUCAUCAUCGAAACCUACUUCUGCUGGUCCUGGUGCUAUGAAACUUGGUGGUAAAGUUCGUGAUGUUGAUUCAUUUGUGGAUCAACUUAAGGAAGAAGGCGAAACAGUCGCGACAAAUGUCAAAGCAGACACCAAGAUCGCGCCAAUUACUCCACAAAUUAGUAGUGCAGAGCCAGUACACUUAAGACAAGAAGAAAAACUGAACGUACGCAUUGGCCGCGAUGGCGGAGUUCAACACUUUGAGUUACACGGUCUUGUAACUCUACAUAUCAAGGACGAAAAAUGGGGCCGCAUUCGCGUCCAACUGGAAAAUAAUGACACACGAGGUAUCCAGUUGCAGACACAUCCAAAUGUUGAUAAAGAUUUGUUUAGAACUCAUGGGCAAAUUGGUCUAAAAAUACCUACCAAACCAUUCCCACUGAACACUGAUGUUGGAGUCUUGAAAUGGAGAUUACAAUCCCAAGAUGAAACGGCAUUACCCAUUUCCAUAAAUUGCUGGCCAUCUGAGAAUGGCGAGAACGGAUGCGACGUCAACAUUGAAUACGAGCUGGAACAAACAGACCUGGAGUUGAACGACGUCCAGAUAAACAUUCCUCUGCCCAUUGGUUGCAAUCCGAUCGUGAACGAAUGCGACGGCCAGUAUACCCACGAGUCCAGAAAAAAUACACUCGUCUGGACAUUGCCGCUAGUCGACGCGUCUUCAAAGUCUGGAUCCAUGGAAUUUUCAGCACCGUCCUCAACUCCGUCGGACUUUUUCCCACUGCGGGUUUCGUUCACAUCAAAAACUUCAUACGCUAAGAUGAAAGUCGUUGAUGUCCUAUUCGUUGAAGACGAGAAUCCGGUAAAGCAUUCAGUAGAGACUGUAUUCUUUACAGAAAGUUAUGAAGUCGUGUAAUUAAAUGACUGCCGUCAUGUCUUGUAUUGAUAAUUAUAAUAUAGGUAGAGAAUAUGAUCAGAGUUAAAUAAAUAAAAUAAUUAAUUUUU